UACUGUUUAAAAAGUAAAGUGAACGUGUUCGUGUCUGGGUGAAACAUGACUAACCACUGAAAGUAUUUCAGCUUACAACUUCCCCUUAACAGAAUGACGCGAUGGGCUUAACCCAGAUCGCCGAGCUUCUGUGAAGCAUCGACUCAAAGAAGUGUAUUUUAUUAGCGUUGUGAUGACCUGUCGUAAAUACAUCGCGCCUCUGGUGUUCUGCGCCCAGGUGGCCAGCUCGUUUUUUGACACCGCUCUCCAAAUGAUCGUUAAAGAACGAUGCGCGAACCCCGACAGGGACGCCGAGCAGAAAGCCAUCACCAACUUCAACAUGACCUUCAACAUGGUGCUCAAAUUCGUGCCGAUUCUGCCAGCGAUCCUUCUGGCAAAGGUCGGAGACAAAGGUUACAGGAGAGCGCCGAUAGUGGUUCCUCUAGUGGGAUAUUUUCUGUCCAGAGGCUUGCUCUUGCUGGAUAUCUUGCUGGAGUGGCCUCUCCAGGUGCUGUACGCGGUGCCGGUGAUCCACGGGCUGUGCGGAGGGUUCGCGUCGUACUGGGCAGGUGUGAUGGCCCUGGUGUCGGUGAGCUCGGGCGAGGAGGAGCGCUCCGUGCGCAUCAUGAGGACCGAGCUGGUGUACGGGAUCGCCGGUUUCAUCGGCAGCCUGUCUUCCGGUCACUUGUUUAACCUCUAUACCGUAGAUCUCAAACAAGGAGCGAUCUUAUCUAGUUUUAGCGCGCUGCUUUAUUUCCUCUGCCUGCUCUACGCGGCGUUUUUCCUGCGAUUCGAUUUCUCGGAGCUCGGGGAGAGACAGGAGCGACGGGAAAGUGUUGGGAUCAUAAACCACGAAGCCCGCGAUAGAAUAAACAUCGCUUUGCUGUUCGUCGGUGGGAUUUUGUAUGAUAUAGCGGUGGCUGGGGGAAUGGAGAUGCUGGCGGCUUAUGUGCUCAAAGACCCCCUCGGAUGGGGCGCGACUGAGGUGGGCUAUGGGAACGCGGCGGGGUCGCUUCUCUUCAUCACCAGUUUUUUGGGUGUGAAGAUGUUCACCAGAUGUUCUGUUAGAGAUGAGAGCAUGGUCAUGAUCGGCAUGGUGUCUUUCGCAGCUGGGAUUUAUUUCAUGGCUUUCGUGACUACAACUCCGAUGUACUUUUUGGCUCGCUCUAUCACUCUGUUCGCUCUGAUUCCAAUGCCCACCAUUCGCUCACUGCUGUCCAAACAGGUUAAGGGAACCUCGUAUGGCAUUACUUUCGUCAUGCUCCAGUUGUCUUUCAAACUUGCAAGCCUGGUCACCACACCCAUCUAUACGGAGAUCUAUCAGGCCACGCUCGACACAUUCCCAGGGUUUGUCUUCAUACUGUCCAGCACCUUCACUGUUCUUUCUAUGAUACCCAUUAGCGUUGUAGGAUGCCGCUCCGCGAGACACGAUGGUUACGAGAGAAUUCAAGGGAACUAACAGCAUCAGCCGCAACAAAGGAGACACAAAGUUAUUAAAAUAUGUUGUGAAAUAAAUGAUUUGAAUGUUUACACAGAGGUUACAUGCAAUAUAAUAUAUUCUAUCAUUUAGAAUAGAUAAUUGAAUUAGAAAACGUUAUCUACUGGAAUAGAUAACUUUACUUCCUGUUGCACUUCAGUGACACUUUGCAUUAUUGGUGAUGCAGUCUAUGUAGCGGCAUAUUUGCCAAAGUACAGGUCUUUGAAUAAAUUGCUGACAAUCUUUAGUUUAGAUAUUUUGGUAGCAAUUUAGAAAAGAAAUCCAUUUGUUAACAAGAAUUGACAACAAUACUGAAUAUGAACUCAAAGUUCAAUCAUAAUAUUAAAUAGUACGAUAUUAAAAUAACAUAUCUGUUAAUAUUAUUUAAUAUACCUGAACUAAAAAUAUUAUCAGUUUUGUUUGCAUUAACCAUAAAACUUUACUACAUGUAUUGUACAUUUUAGUUAAUGAAUUAAUGGAACCUUCUCGUAAAGUGUUAUUAAUAUUUCUGUAUGCACUGUCUAUUUGAAAUGGAUGACAUCUUUUAUAAGAUUUUUAUUGUACAGAUUUUGCAGUAAAUCAGGUUGUUUGUACAUCAGUGUAUGGCGUGUUCAUCUUAAACAUACUUUUUUGUUUUUUUUUUACACGAAGUAUACAGGAAAUACAAUUAUUAUACAACUAAUCAUCAUUCAAUGUGGCAGGCCAUAAGUCUACAUAGUUUUUAGCUCUGCUUGUGCAAAGGCACAAAAACACAUCUUUAUCCGCUAUAUCCUAAUUAUGUUUAUGGCAAUGUUCCCAUAUUAAAAUUGGUUGAGGUAAAGAGUGACAGCAUCAAACAACACUGUACAAAACGUUCUUCUUAAAGACCAGAAUUUAUAUCCUAUCGUUUCAACGAUGAACAAUUUAAAACAUGAUGUAUAUAAAACAUACAAAGGGAAUAUACUUUUAAUAAACUGCAAGUGAUUAAUUUGUUAAUUUAUUCUUCAUACACACUGGACCGACCUGUAAGUAAACAUGACACACUCAUGCUACAUUUGUUGAAUAUUUGACAAAAAAAUAAUUUAACCGUUAAGUAUGUAAAAUAACACGUUAUGGACCACAAUUAUUGCAGAUUCUGCAGGCAGUCGUUCGAAAGUAAUAUAUUUGCUUUACAUUUAACCUGUUCUUGUAAGAAAAGAAAAAAAUGAAUUUAAUAAUGUCAAGUAUAAACUGUAUUUUAUACCGUAAUGUACAACAUGCGUUGAAGCAACAAAAGUCAUAUAGCUGCCUUUGUAACAAAAUAAAAUAUAUUCAGUUAAAAAUCAAAUCAUCUUAAAAAUGUAUGGAGACAAACGUGUAAGGCUAACGAUUUAAUGAGUUUAAUUUCAAGCCAUGUAUUUCACUAGACCACAUAAAAAAGGGCAAACGGAGACAUGUAGAAACACAUAGCUUCAAGGCUAUGCUUCCAUUUGUAUUCUUGGGGCAAAUGAGAAGACGCUGCUGCAGUAACAGCAUUUAUCAGCAGGGGGCAGCAGCUCUGCUCAAACGCUGGAGGGCCAGAUCUUAUUAAACAUGCUUUCUGACCGGUCUUUUCUACAUUACUACGGAAUUGCAACAUUGAUGUAAAAAUUUUCGCCCCCUGAAAAAAUAGUGAUUCCGAAAUGAUGAAAAGUAUGAUGAGAUGAUGAAAAUAUGAUGAUACAUAUGCAUAAACGUACGUGUGUGUGUGUGUGCUGACAAAUAAAAAAAGCAUAACAUCAGAUGAAAUAACAUGAGAAAAAUGUUUCUUCAUUUAUAUCUUCAGUGUAAGAAAUACCAUAGGUCUUCAAAGGUUAGGGUUUUUUGUUGUUGUUGUUGUUGUUGUUGUUAAGUUUUCCAUCUAUGUUGCUAUUCCGUAGUAAUGUACACACACACACACACACACACACACACACACACACACACACACACACACACACACACACACACACA